ACGUGACACACAUCGCACGGAUGCUGCAAGGCCUUCUGUCGUAGUCCCCAACUGACAUGCGAGCAGUACAUACCAUCCUAGCCGCUGCGCUUCUGGCCGCUUGUGCCCCCAGCAGUGCCAGCUUCGGCGCCAUCGAGGAACUGUUCCCGUGCGAUGCACAAGACUGUCGUCCCAACGGCAGCAAUCCCAUCUCGACCGUCGAGUCGUGCCUCAAGGCGUGCAACGGUGGCAGUGCGAACGAAUGCAAAGAACAAUGCGUGUGCAGCGGUACCGCGCCAGGCUCGCAAUGCGCCGGCAUCUGCCGCAAGAACAAAUCGGAAGACGAAUGCGGGAAACCCGUCCGCCAAAAGUGCGCCGGUGCCGACCUAGUCUGUGACAAAUCGACGCAGUCGCCAGAACCGACCACGGCCAACCCCGCGACGACUGCGGCACCCACCACGAACUCUCCAACUACGGUCGUCGUCACGACGCCUGUGCCCACCACUGCCGAAGUCACGACGGUGGUCCCAGAAACGACCGCCGUUCCGUCGACCACUCUCCCCGUUACCACCGCGAUCCCCACCACCACCGCCGUUCCGUCGACCACUCUCCCUGUUACCACUGCGACCCCCACUACCACCGCGACCCCUACCACCACAACCACCCCGGCCCCCAACACCACAACCACCCCGGCCCCCAACACCACUACCACCCCGACCCCCAACACCACAACCACCCCGACCCCCAACACCACAACCACCCCGACCCCCAACACCACAAGCACUCCAGUUAACACUACUAUCCCAGUCACGACUCAUGUACCGACCUCGUCUCCCGCUCCGACUUCGACGUCAGCUGCACCCGUCACCACGACACCUGCACCCGUCACCACGACACCUGCACCCGUCACCACGACACCUGCACCUACGUCCUCGACUGCCCCAUCGUCCUCGGUGACCCCCACCGUCAGACCUAGCAGUGCUCCUGUGACCCCGUCCCCUUCUCCUCCUCCUGCAAGUACCCAGACCCCUUCAACCGACCCCUGCACCCCUGUGAGUGUCGUGGGAGAUGCAACCUAUUGCGUCGUGGGAGCUGCCUGUGGCGACACGGGGCGGUCUUGCCCAAAGAAGGGCGCCGUGACUACCAUUGACUGCGACAGGCACUUGGCCAGCUACGUCCAAGAUACCAACUCGUGCGUCGCUCGGUUCACGUCCGUGUGUCAACCCCUCCAUCGCGCCGGCGCGACCGUGUACGGAUGCAUGUUUGACCCGACUAUCGUCGACUCUGUCCCUCCUCCAUCCCCCACUCCGUCGCCGAGCCUCAAUCUAAAUGCCAACCCCCUUCCACCCUGCACGGAUGUGAGUGUAGUUGGCGAUGCCACGUACUGUAUUCCUGGCGACAUCUGCGGCGGCAACGGCACUAACUGCCCCAAGAAGGGUGACGUGACCACCAAGGACUGCCUCCGAAAGCUGCGCAGCUACAAAGACGCUGACCGAUGUGUCGCGCCGUCGGACGCGGUGUGCCGAAACAUCCACGGCAGCGUCCUCGGCUGCGUCUUCCCGUAG